CUCACAAGUCAAAACAAUAUUAGUCAUGGCGCUGCUUCAGUUGCUCAACUUUUUCUGUUUAUUUCUGUUGAUACAUGUUUCAUUAGAGAUUCACUCGUCUAUUCUUAACAUUGAUGAGCUUCAGCAUUCAAUGUAUGGUGUAGAAAUCUCCGCUGAGCCUGUUUUGUUGAAUAUUAAGAAUGAUAUAAACAUCAUGAAGAUUACUUCAAAACAUGGACAGCAAUAUCAAUGCAUUCUUCCUGUUUUUCUCAUGGAAAAAAAUGGACCAAAAGAAGUGAAUGUUACAACAGAAGAGAUUAACAUCUUACUGCAACCAUUAAAUGACACUUGUCUUACUCAGAUAAAUGGUUGGUGGUCUUACAAAGUUUGCUUUGGUGAUUUCAUUUAUCAAUAUCAUGAAGAAGGCAAGAAGAUUAAAGAUGUGAUUAGUCUUGGUAACUAUACAGGAUCUACCAUUUGGUCAAAUAUUACAAUAAAGGAAGACUCAAAAGGUGAGGAUAGAUAUCACAGUCAAUUCUAUGACAAUGGUACGGUAUGCGAUCUCACAGGACAACCACGAAAAUCUGAAGUUAGGUUUUUUUGCAGUGAAAGUACCAUGAAGGAUGCCAUAACACGAAUUGAUGAAAGUUCAACUUGCAGUUACAUCAUCAAUAUACACACAAAAAGACUUUGUAACCACACUGUAUUUCGACCUUCUAACUUGCCCACAAAGCAAAGCAUCACGUGUUCACCCGCUCUAAAUGAUGACCAGUACUUGAAGUAUAAGAAAUCUCAAAGUAGAUCUCAAAAAGAUGGCUCAGUUGAGGUUGAGAACAAACAAAAUAAAAAAGGCGUCAUCGAAGAUAAACGUCCUGUUGAAAACGUCAUUGAAGAUAAACGUCAUGUUGAAGACGUCAUUGAAGAUGAACGUCAUGUUGAAGACGUCAUUGAAGAUAAACGUCACGUUGAAGACGUCAUUGAAGAUAAACGUGAUGUUGAAAUUGACAAUGAAGAUGGAAGUCAUUUUGAUGGCAUAUUUUUAAAAUCUAUUGAAGGAGUAAAGAAACUGAUGGAAAGAAAAUUUUCAUCAAAUGAUGGAAAGCUACGACUGAAAAAAACGGCUAAGAAAUCUUUUAAACAUGUUGAUGUGGGUGCAGAUGAUCAUAUAAGGAUUGGCAAAGAACGUGGUAACGUGGAUGUUGAUGAUCAUGUAAGGAUUGACAAAGAACAUGAUAGCGUGGAUUUUGAUGAUAAUAUGGACAAUGAUGAUGCUAUUGUUGAAGAUGAAUGGAAUGAUGGAUUGAACUUAGAUUCGCUCAAGAAAAAACGAUUUUCUCGUACAAAAACUGACAGUGAAGACAACACGAGUGAUUAUUACCACGAGCUGAUUAACCAUUUGAAGAUCCAAUUUCGUUUUCAUAAGAAAUAUUUGGAUUCUGUGACGAGAAACAUGAAAACACGAAUUUCUAGACUCGAAAAAGGACUUGGUUCUGUCGACCCUAACGUCAAGAAGUUCUUACAAGACACGAAAAAGAAAGUUCAUCAGUUGGAACACAAACAAAGUUUGGCCGAGGAUGCCAUGAGCCGUCUAUCAGAUCUUUACGAUGCUGUUAUGGAAGACCCGAAUUACCUCAAGGCAAGUGAAGAAUUAGGGAACAUUAAAUCGAUUUUAAAUGGUUUAAUCAACAAUGUAGAAAUCCCUGAGCAAAUUGAUGAAGGUAGUUUUGAAGAGGUUGACAGCUUUAAAUCUAGAUCUCCUGGAAAUGAAUUUGGUAAACUUUUCAAGAAAUCCCGUCGAGGACUAAAUACGGGAAAGCCAAAUCUUGAUAAGGUCGUAUCGAGGCUAAAGAAAAUCAUGACGGGAAAAUUUGAUGAAGGUGAGAGGCAAGACAAUCUACGAGAUGAUCAGAUUAGUGUCCGAGUAACAAAGAUUAAAGAGACGUCUGAAGAUCUUCAUAAUAAUGAGGACCUCGACAAUAUAAUUAAUGGUAACGAUGAGGGCAAUGAUCUUGAUCAUGUACAAGAAAAUGCUGAAAUGAAGGAAGCUACAAAAAAGAUGGAGAACAUUGUUCGCAAGCAGUUAGAGAAUGUUGGUGUAAAGCACAAUGGUAAAAUCAAGGUGAAAAUAAUCACAUCAAGAGAGGCAUUAAAACGUGUUGCCGGCGGUAAAGACAAGUUUCAAUUACUGUCUCCACAAGAGACAAAUCAGUUUAGAGAUCUACUGUCCAGCAUAUUGGGCGGUGGUCAGCAAUUGAUGGAGGAACAAAGGAGGCAAGAAAUGAUGGAGGAUAAUUAUAAUCUAGUAUGGAAAGAAGAUGGUUUUACAUCUGUUGCUGCAGGCAAGGAUGAUAAAGAAUCAUCUAUAGAACAGGAUGACCAUGAUAAUAACAGAUAAGAGUUUAUCAUUUAUGCCACAAAUCCACCAAUUUCAUGAUUGGUAUUUAUAAAAGCUACAGCACACACUUUUGACUCGUUUAAAAGCAGACUAUUUCUAUUUUGACAAAAUGGAAAAGCUGGAAAGUUCCAGUUAGCUAUGUCAAAUGUUUUUCUCCCAACAAUAGUCAUGUACGUAAAACGUUUCUCGCAUUUCAAGCAAUCAAUACGCAUGACAAUAAUGAAAUUAUAAUGGCAUGGCGUUUUUUUGCCUGUGAAGGACAGAGUAGUAUAAAUUGAGAAGCGAAAAAGGAAGAAACAUCUUCUUAUGUAAAAUAUGCUACUAUUUACUUCAAUUGACAGCAAAGUAUUAUGCAUUUAGAAUGCAGUUUAGCUUUAGCUCUGAACAAUUUAAGUAAAGACAUUUGUAUAUUGUUUGUAAUAUUUUUCAAAAAUAUCACCUAGUUCAGUCAUGUACAAACAUA